AUGAGUAAACUUUUCCCGGAGACAAUCAUCUCUCCCCUUUCUCUGUUUCCUCUUCGCCAGGUGGCGGCGGCAGCGCCAGGGACUCAUUUCCACCCCGUGUCUCUGGCGUUCAAGAACGUCACGUACACGUUGACGCUGGGGCGAGGGACACCUUUUUUAGAAUAUCCAUGUCUUCCCCUUCCCUUUGCCCUUCGCCAGGUGGCGGCGGCGGCCCCAGGGACUCGCUUCCACCCGGUCUCCCUGGCGUUCAAGAACGUAACGUACACCGUCACGCUGGGGAGAGGCAAGGCGAAGACCAACAAGCUCAUUCUGGAUAACCUCACGGGAUACGUCAAGGCCGGCUCCUUUCUCGCCAUCAUGGGCCCCUCAGGCUCUGGCAAAACGAGUCUGCUGAACGUCCUAGCAGGGCGGGUCAUGAGGGCGGGGGCUCCAACCUCCCUUGCCGGGCAGGUGCUGGUGAACGGGCGCCCCAGGGACGAGAGCUUCAGGCGGAUUUCCGCGUACGUGAUGCAAGAUGAUCUCAUGUUCUCCACGCUCACCGUCUGGGAGACGCUUCAGACCGCCGCCAUGCUGCGCCUGCCGUCGUCCACGCCCAAGGCGCAGCGGCUGCAGCUGGCGGAGUCCAUCAUUGCUGAGCUGGGGCUGAGCAAGGCGAGGAACACGCCGAUUGGGAAUGAGAUGAUCCGGGGAGUGAGUGGCGGCGAGCGGAAGAGGACGAACAUUGCCGUGGAGAUGCUAUCGAACCCCUCGCUCGUAUUCCUUGACGAGCCCACGUCUGGGCUGGACAGCUUUCAGGCGCUGAACGUGAUGAGUGCACUCUCUGAUCUCUCAAAGAGCGGCCGCACCGUCAUCUCCACCAUCCACCAGCCACGCUCCUCCAUCUUCGCCCUCUUUGAAAACCUGCUGCUGCUGAGCGAAGGCCGCAUGGUUUUUUUCGGGCAGGCUGCAGAUUCGAUCGACUACUUCUCCCGCCAGGGCUUCGCCUGCCCGGAGCACUUCAACCCGGCCGACUAUUUCAUGGAUAUGAUUUCCAUCGACCGCCGUGACGAGCAGCGGGAAACCGACAGCACUGCGCGCAUCCAGCAGCUCACCUCCUCGUACGAGCCUUCGCGGGAGGUUCGGCCGGACCUGCACCAGAAGAGCAUGGAGGAGCAGGCGGAGGCGGCGGAGGGGAUGAAAUAUUCCAAGUAUGCAUCUACUUGGAUGACGCAGCUGGUGGUGCUGGCGCGGCGGUCCUGGUGGCAGGUGACGAGGGAUCGGCUGCCUAUAGCGAUCGCGUACGUGCAGGCGAUGGUGAUGAUGGUGAUGAUCUGUAUUCUCUACUCCAACUCGCUCGAUUAUCCGGAGCAGAACAUGACUGGGUCGAUUUUCUUCAUCGCCCUCUUUCUCGCCUUCAACGGCAUCUUUCAGAUGAUCACGACCUUUCCACUGGAGAAAGGGGUUGUGAACCGCGAGCGGUCGUCCAACAGUUACCGCAUAACUGCAUACUACCCCGCCAAGGUGCUCUCGGAGUGGCCCAUCCGCAUCGGCCCCGUGCUCCUGUUCGGGGUGAUCGCCUACUGGCCCAUUGAGUACCAGCGCGUGGCCUCCAAGUUCUUCCUCUUCCUCGUCAUCCUCAUGCUCGAAUUCACCGCCAUGAAUGGGCUAGGCAUCGUGAUUGGGUCAAUUGCGCCCACUCCUCAGAUUGCGCUAGCCAUGGGGCCGCUGUUCACAGUGGUGCUGAUGCUGUUUGGAGGCUUCUAUGUGAACAUCGACUCCAUCCCCGUGUGGAUCCGCUGGGUGCGCUACAUCUCGCCCAUCCAGUGGGGAUUCGUGGGGCUCGCCGUCAACCAGUUCGAGGGGCUGACCUUUUCCUGCGCCGACUGUCCGACUGGGGAUCAGAUCCUCCAUCAGCUCUCCAUUGCGAACUACACUGUGGGCGAGGCGAUACUGUACCAGUGCUGCUUGAUUGUGGGCAUGCACCUAAUCGCAUGCACAGCGCUCAUGUUGAACGGCCCUAAGAUGCAGCCUCUCAGUGCACUGGGUUCCAACGCCAAGCCAGUCCUCUUGCCGAUGCAGGAGGAGACUCCCGAGGCUCUUGCUGCUGUUGUUAGCAGUGGGGAGGGUGGCGAGGAUAGGGCUCCUACCGAGGAAGAAAGGGCGUUGAAAGUGGAGUAUCCCCCUGAUUACAGGCACUCUCGCAUCCGUGGCUUCCUCGAAAGUGCUCUACAAGAGGGCGACAGCCAUUCUUUCAGGAGUCAAUGUCCUUGGAGGUACCGACUUAAACCUCGGAUUCGGACGAGUUGGCAUCUCCGUUUACAUCAGUACGCGAGCUUCUCGGCGGCGAUGCCGCUUCGCACGCCUCUUCCUCUAGACGACGUGGUCGACGGCUGGGGCAUGGAUGUGGUCCCGCUGGAUCCACCUCGGCCCAGAUCCGACGUCAGAAUCGACAGAUGGUCGGCUACACGACCGGCCGUCGGGGAAAUCGGCGAGAAGAAUAAGACUCGCCAAGCUGCGAACGUGAAUGCGAAGUCUGGAGGCGCUCAAAACAGUAGAUGGAAGCCCGAGGUUGAGUUGCGGAAGGCGCGGAACUGGGUUGCGGCUCAGAGCCAGGCGGUGGUGCAACGGGCGGGAGAGGCGUGGGGGAACGCGCAGAAGGGAUGCCGGGAGAACAUCGCGGGGGCGUGGAGCCGCCUGCAGGAAGACGGCGGGUUGAAGACGGUCAAACACAUCUUCGCCGGAGCAACGGCGUCAGUUGUCGCCAGAUCUGCGGUGGCUCCCUUGGAGCGUCUGAAGCUGGAGUACAUGGUGUGCGGGGCCAAAGCGCACGUGCCGGAGCUAACCCGACGGAUAUUCGCGCGCGAGGGCAUGAUGGGGUUCUGGAGGGGCAACGGCGUGAAUCUGCUGCGCAUCGUGCCGUUUAAGACGAUCAAUUUCGUCAUGUACGAUAUUUUCCGUCAAAAGAUUCUGGAUAUGUCCAAGAAGACGGACGUUAACAACGUCGAGCGGCUAUCGGCCGGAGCCGUCGCCGGCGUCAUCGCCACCUUCGCCUGCUUCCCGCUGGAUACGGUGAGGACAAGGAUGAUCGCGCGAGGCGGCAUCGCGUGCACCGAUCUGGCCGGCUGUCUAAGCGAGAUGAUCCGAACGCAGGGUUUUUUCGGCUUAUAUCGAGGCAUAUGGCCUGCGGUCUACAGUAUCGCUCCAUCCUGUGCGAUUUUCUACGCCGCUUACGAUUUCAUGAAAACUACGCAUCUGCAAUCCCAGGAUAAGCCGAAGCUUCCAGUGAUAGACAAGAUCUCAUUCCUGCCUUCCGGGAAACUCGCCCUGCCAGGAACCCCCUCCUCUCAAACCGCCUCCCUAUCAGCCGGUCUUCCUUCGUUGGCCAAAGCCGACGGGUCUGCAUCGCAAGCGACAGGUGUAUCCGCGGUUGAGACGGACGCGGUAGAAGCAGCGGAGGUUCGGAAGGAGCUGGGUCCGAUGCGGACGCUGCUGUACGGGGCGAUUGCAGGGGUUGUGUCGGAGUUCGCUACCUACCCUCUGGAGGUGGUCCGGCGGCAGAUGCAGAUGAGCGGUAUUGAGGGGUCCGUAGCGGUGGCGGGGAGGCAGGCGGGAGCGAUGCGGGUGCUGAAAGAGGUGGCGCAGAGGGGAGGAUUUUCCGCGCUCUACGCUGGAAUGGUUCCCGGCCUGCUUCAGUUUUCUCAACAAUCUUUAAUCGUCCUUCCCUCUCGUUACCUUCCCAUCUCUGCAGGUGCUGCCAUCCGCGGCAUUGAGCUACUGGGUAUACGACUUCCUCAAGCUACACCUCAAGGUCGACUAGGCGCUGCUUCUACUGGUUCUGCUGCUUCUGAGAAGCCCCUGAAGGUGGAUCAGAGGCGGCUUCUGAAGGGGCCCUUAAGGUCGACUAGCUCUCCACUGCACUGUGGCGAUUUGGCUUGCCUGGAGUGA